UUCACGUGCGAGGUGGCUUUGUGCUUAAGUAGUUAGCCAAGCUCUCUUUAAUCUGAUCAUCUCCCUUUCUUAGCACUCCUCGCCAUGUUUAUGCUCCGCAACUUGAGCAAAUUUGUCUUUGGUGACAGUUCUAAAGAAACCAUCGUCGAAAUUUCGCAGGGCCAGCUUUACCUCGUCCGACCGCGAUCCGUAAAGGGCUACUCUGAGCUCAUCUUCAAGGACGCCGCCGCUACCAUCCGUCGCACCGGGCAGGAGUUCCAGUACCAGCUCGUUGUCCAGCGCGCAUACGAGGAAGGAGAGGAAGAUCUGCUAGCUGAAGAAGGAGGUGAAGACGCAGGUCUUGACGCACUUGCAGGCGACAAGGACGAGAAGACAUUCUUGCUUGACGAAGGCCUACAGUUCCGCACCGACGUACGCUCGACCGGCGAGAAGAUCUUUGCUUGGCGAGAUCUUAGCGGCGACGUAGACGACCUUUGGGAGUUUGUCUGCGAUCCCUCUGUCAAGCCUGAGACUGUCGCUCUCUUCGAGCGUGUUGCCCUGCAGUGCCAGUACGAGCGCAAGUUCAGGAGGAGCCACGAGCACGCAACAGACGACGAUCUCGAAGCCCUAGCCUAUUACGAAGAGGCCAUACCGGACGCCAGCCCCGUCACUAGCCCUACCCGCAAAGCUCUCGAAGCGCCGCUAACGACAGAAGAUCUGUUCCCGAACACCAAAAAGGAAGUAAUGGCUAGAAAGACGGCAAGCAGGACAGUUGCGCCGCAGCAGGAGGAGGAGGCAACUGCGGCACCGCAAUCUGUCGUGCAGCCAAAGGCCUUGGACUUGCUGGCAGAGGAGAGCGCGGAACUCCACCUCUUCGAUUUCCCUACUGGCACAUUCAAGCUUCAAGACGCGAAUGUGACAGCUACGGUCACCGAGAUUGGUGAUUGGCAGUACUGGCUUCACAUCGUUGGCGACGAGCGCGAAUGGUUAGGUCAGCCCAUUGUCGAUGACAUCAACCCUGUGUUCAACUAUGAAUUCAAGUCGUUCAUCUUCAAUCACUACUUGGAGGAUGGCUCAGCUUACUCUUGGCUGCUGAGGUUCAAGGAACAGGAACAGUUGGAGAGCAUACAGAAUGGCGUCAUGCAAGCAUUGUGGGAGCACCUGAACCAGGUCAAGUGGCAGAAGGCUAAGGAUACGGACCGGGAAUACGUGCUGGAGGCUUUCCAAGACAUGACUAUGGAGGACGCUCCUGAAGAAGAGGAGGACGAAGAGGAGGACGAAGAAGAGUUUGAAGAUGCGCACGACCAGCGCAGCGAGCAUUACGAUUCGGAUGAGUCUGAAGACGACAUAGAAACUGCACCCAAGGACGGCGAUGAGAACUCACAACUGGCUGUCGGCUACAAGCAUGACCGCUCUUUUGUUGUUCGAGGCAACAAGAUCGGCGUCUUCAAACACACAGCGGAUAACCAGCUGCAAUUCUCGACCACCAUUUCCAACGUCAUGACACCCAAGGGCAAGGCUUUCAGCCCCAACAAGGUCAUGCUCCACCAACAAGAUCAGGACAUGAUUUUGCAGAAUCUCGACAACCCCAACUCACUCUACCGCAUGGAUCUGGAGACUGGUAAGGUUGUUGAUGAGUGGAAGGUCCACGAUGACAUCCCCGUGAAGGUCUUUGCACCCGAGAGCAAAUUCGCACAGAUGAGUGGAGAGCAGACUUUCUUAGGUCUCUCUGGCAACGCUCUUUACCGUGUCGACCCUCGUCUGAACGGCAACAAGCUUGUUGAUGACCAGCUCAAACAGUACGCUACCAAGAACGCUUUCUCCGCCGCUGCAACGACCGAGAAGGGACACAUUGCCGUUGCUUCUGAAAAGGGAGACAUUCGUCUCUUCGACCGCCUCGGUAUCAACGCGAAAACUCUCAUUCCUGCUCUUGGAGACCCGAUUAUUGGCAUGGAUGUGUCUGCUGACGGUCGCUGGGUGCUUGCUACCACGCGAACUUACCUUCUCCUUAUUGAUGCGCUGCAGAAGGGUGGCAAGAACGAUGGCAAGCUUGGUUUUGAGAAGUCGUUCGCAAAGGACGACAAGCCACAACCUCGCCGUCUUGCGUUGACACCUGCCCACGUUGCCCAAUUCCAGCACGAGACCAAGGCGCCCAUCUCAUUCACUACAGCGCGCUUCAACACUGGUCUCGACGACAAGGAGACCACCAUUAUCACCGCCACUGGCCCCUUCAUUAUCACUUGGAGCAUGAAGAAGGUCCUCGCGGGUCGCAGGGAUCCAUACAACAUCAAGCGUUACGCCGAAGAGGUCAAGGCCGACAACUUCAAGUUUGGCUCAGACAAGAAUCUUAUUGUUGCCCUGCCUAACGAAGUCGACAUGGUGGCCCGCCGUGCACUGCAGAAGCCAACGAGGGAGAGUAUUGCGUUCCCUUCGCGUGUCGGCCAGCUGUCUACACCUAGGCGUGGCAACCGCAGCAGCUACUUGGGUCGCGAUGAUAUUGUCAACAGCCCCUACUAGGCUUUGCAACGGUAGGCAGCGUACUGGUCGGUCUGGAGCUAGUACGUGAUGAUCUUGAGCGAUGCUUCGUGGUGGCCUUUCUUUGAUGAUGACAGUCCAUUCCACUUGGAGGCGUGGGCGAUGCGCUUCUACUUGAUACCUGAUUCCCCUUAGAUCGUCGAGACGAAUGAUGAUUGUACCUUUCGAGCUUGUUGUCCAGAUGCUUGUGAUACGGUCGAGCUCGCUCUUACUGUGCUUAUACUUGUCAAGGGAGGUGAUAUGAGCAGAAUUGUGAUGUGUUGAUAGGUACCUGUGUGGUGUUUAUCUACACAGAAGGGGAGCUGUGGGCGCUAGCCGGAGAUGGGAAGGCGCAGGGCCUGAAGAAGAACUGCAGUGAAGGUGCUGGUCUGCGUAAGAAGAGGUCUCGAUUUAAAGUUCAUUGUUC